GGCAUUUAAUGUUGGAUCCAAUCAUGGCCAGCCGAAAGGUGCAGAGAAUCAACGAAUCAGAGUGAACGAAGAAGCAGUCUCGGACGCCCGGUGAUUGAAUUCUUGAAGCGGGUUGUGCUCUUGUCCUUUUCAACCCAUUUUUUUUUUUGACACUUCAGCGAUCGAUGAACGACGAGGACGAUUUGCUCGACGACAAUUUUCUCACCAGUGACUUUCUCGAUGCAUUGGAACGCCAAGAAUCGCAAUUUUACAGCACACAGCAAGGCGCGACUACGCGCGUGGGAGAAGCAUCGAUGUCGGCAGCGCCUCGUAUCGCACCUGUCAUUAUGCGCGAUCCCAAUGUGGUCGAAGCGACAUCCAAUGCGCGUGUAUGGGAUUCAACGUCCCGAGAAGAUAUCGAAAGUCAGCUAAAAGAGAAAACGCAAGUCAUCGAUAAUUUACGUUUUGCUGUGGAUCAGUUACGGUCCAAAGUAAUCCACGAUGAAACACUGAGAGAUAACGCGCUGCGAGAGCUGGAACGAUUUCGUACAGAGCUAAAUUUUAAAAGCCAUGAACUAGACAGCGCACGUCGAGAAUUGCACGCUUUAAAAGUCAAACAUGCACGCACCGAAGAGCCGACACCUUCCUACGACAAUGCAAGGCAAUCAAAUACUAAUUCUCGAAAACGGAGCACUUUUCCGGAUACCAUGGCGUUCAUACCUUCCAAACGCGCGAAUUAUCGACGAGCAACGCCUGCGCCGUCCACAUCGCCAAUGUCAGUGGCUCUGGAAUCUAUAUCGUCUGCGGCUCCAACAAUUACCAGUCCACAGAAAGAACCUACGCCCGUACUUAUACCUCCCUUGCAAGAAAAAACAGUACCACAUCCUACAAAAAAUCAGGGCAAGAUUCUGCUCAAACAUCUUUUGCGGAAAGUGUACGAAGAAUGGUGCCGGGAACAGCACCAACCGUUUGAUCAUCACUUUUAUGAAUCACCGACAUUGACAAGUGAACUGUGCACCAAAUUGGCUCAUAAGCUUAUGCCAGCUGAAUACGUGACAGAAGGUCAUCGGAAACUGGCAAUGUUAGCUUCGGAUCUUGUCCAAUGCAUGGCGAUGGUCAGCUACAAGGACGUGGCGAUCGUCAUCCAACAAAUGAUGAGCAUCUUGGGACUCUGUAUCUCCAUCAGUAGAAAAGAAAAACUGAUCAACGUUUUCAGACAGGCGGUCAACAUUAUACACACAUUAACAUCGUCAUACAAAGAAAGUUCUCAAUACCUUUUAUCAGACCUUCAUCGGGGUAAACUCAUCCAUCUCAUUUGAAGACCACUUUACAAAAAACAAGCAAAGGUGCUAAACUGCGGCAUUUAGCGGAUAAUUCUUCCACUUUAUGGCAAAUGGCGGACGGUUUGGCCCUCUUUGCUAUUCGUAAAAUGGAACAAAACUCACGAACAGCGAAAAUGAUGAGCUUG